AUGAGGGGCUGGGCAAUCGGGAUGGGCAAUCGGGGUGCCAGGAUGAAGGAUAAGCCCCCGUCCAGGCAACAGGGACGGCUCGCCUCGCCAGGCAUCGAUGACGCCUCAACUUGCCUCAAGAAGACCCUAGAAGAAUUCCAGGGCCCUCUGGCCACCACCUUGUAUGACGUGGAGCUCAAGAACGAUUUACAGACGCCCUUCCGCAUUGAGGAAAGCGCGCUCGCCCUUUCGCCCGGAACGACCGGGCGGGUCGCGGGUCUCGAAAAACCGCGCUGUGCACGUCGGCAAGGGUCGACGUGGGGCACUGGCAGGGAAGCGCGACAUGAAGGAGGCAGACGCGAAAGAAUCGAACUUUCAUCAACAUGUGUGACGCGUGAUGGAUGGUAUUAUCGAGAAGAGGGGAGGAAAAAGCGAGAAGUAAGAGAACAGAAAAAAAUGCUUCCGCGGAAGCAUUCCGGUAGUUGGGCACGCAUGCGCGCAACGCGAAGCAGGGGAGAGGACAGGGGCUUCCGGACCAUGUUUGUUGUGGGCAGCUUUGGAUGUGUGGGCGAAACGCCGACACAGACCGAGUACUCAAGCCCAUCCUGGAGCCCCACAGACAUCGAUCGUGCAUCGGCGGUAAAAAAAGUCCGGGGACGUGGAUCCGUGGUCCAAGUCGUUGCCUCAAGCACCACCAUCGCGGUCGCCAUCGUUGAGCUCGGAACUUCCCGCAUCCAUUUACGCAGACUGCUGGCCCUAGCACCAAUUCGCAAGGUUUCCAUGCGGACAUACCCACCUUUCGGUAACGAUCAGGCGCGGUAA